GCAGCGCCUUACCGCGAGGGCAACCAUGAUGGCUGCUCUCCUCAGGUAUGCCUGUCGUUGGUUGGCCUCGCCGUGUCGGUAAUUGGUGCUCUCUUUGGCAUGUUCUUCUUCAGCAUUCAGUGGCGCAACUACAACGUGUGGCUCGGUGGUCAGCUGCAGUGGAGGUGUAGCCUCGUGGUUUGCUCCCUGAGAUACGCCAGCCCGAGUUCGCUGAUGGAGAGAGCCUUAGACAAGCUGCUCCAGCAACAGUACGCCUCACCGGAAAUGGAACAGUGGGCGAUUGACUUCUGCAACGGGAGAGUAGAGAUGUUCCCUACGCUGUGGAACUUGAAUUUCUGCAAGAACCAGAAUCUCUACCGCGUGCAGUACAAACUCUUUGGGGCAUUCUGCGAGCGCAGUGAUUAUGCUGGAAAGUUCAUUGAUGGCGAGAUUUGGAGCAUCAUGAUCCAGACAUCUCGCACAGCGUUCAUCAUGGCUUCGCUGAGCGUGAUCGCCACCUUGUCAACGGCAGUCUUCUUGAUCAAGGACCACCAGGUCUUGUCCAAAACGAAGAAGCCGCGCUGGGCUGUGUCUGAGGCGACGACGGGGAAGUUCCGGCCGUACGUGAAGAUCUGCGCUGGCGUGUCGCCGCUGCUCUUACUUCUGGCUGAUCUUUGGUGGAAGCACAUGGAAUUCAGCAGCAUUUAUUUGUUUCAGCUGUUUGGCCCAACUUUCUUUGCGCCCCUCACCAAAGCCAAUCCAGAAGCCAUGGGACCCAUGAAAGCGAUGAAGGCUAUGAAAGCCAUGAAGGCCAUGAAGGCAGCCCGAGCGGCUCCAAAGAGUGAGAUUGCCGCACAGUUGGUGGACAGCGUGGGUUUGAAGAAGAGCGAGGUGAUGCAGGUCUUGGAUUCCCUCGCAGGCCUUGCCACCAAGGAGUUGAAGAAGGCAGGGAAGUUCACCCUUCCUGGGCUCGUCAUGAUCAAGACCCGCAAGAAGAAAGCCACCAAGGCUGGCAAGAAAAUGAUGUUCGGAAAGGAAGUGAAAGUGAAGGCACAGCCAGCAAAAACGGUAGUUAAAGCGUUCCCAGUCAAGGCCGUCAAAGACGAGUUCUAA